AUGACUUCCCCCAAGGCCGGAAAGCGCAAACACAGCACUUUCGGCGGACCAGUUUCUCCCCCGCCAUUGCGCCGUAAAGUCCAGUCCACCACAACGCAGACUGCGGUUGCCUCGUUCUUUACCCCAACCUCUCAAAAGCCUCCAGAGAAGAUUAUCUGGCAGGAACGGGCCCCCAGUGAUGAUACACCUAGUACUCUACUUGUUGGCAAAUAUAUAGCUGCAGAUGAUUCAGCUUCAACUACCAAAGCUGGCGAUAGCAAGAGGAACAAAAUAGCUGCAUUUGAUUUUGAUUCGACCCUAAUCCAGACUUCUUCUGGCAAAAGGUUCGCCUCUGAUAGCGCUGACUGGAAGUGGUGGCAUCCUUCUGUACCUGGCCGGCUCCGGAAGUUAUAUUUGGAAGAAGGGUAUAGGGUUGUGGUAGUCAGCAACCAGGCGGGCUUAACUUUGAAACCAGAUUCGAAAGCUCCAAAAUCACUACAGACAAAGGUUGACUCGUUCAAGGCCAAAGUCUCUGCGGUCUUCAAUCAGCUGGACCUCCCCAUCAGCAUCUACGCAGCUACAGCAAAGGAUAUCUACCGCAAACCGAGGCCUGGAAUGUGGACAGAAAUCCUAGAUGACUACGACCUUCAACCGUCCGAGGUGGACUUUGAACAUUCAAUAUUCGUUGGCGAUGCUGGGGGACGUCACGCAGAAGCGGGAAGGCCGAAAGAUUUCUCAUGUUCUGAUCGGAAUUUUGCUGAGAAUAUCGGUAUCAAAUUUUAUUCGCCCGAGGAGUACUUUCUCGAUGAGGCGCCGAAACCAUUCACGCGCACCUUUGAGCCUUCGGAAUACCUACCGGACUCUACGGCUAAAGCUAUCGCAUCUUUUACUCGGAAGAAUGAUCAGGACCUCGUUAUCUUUUGUGGUAGCCCAGGCUCCGGAAAAUCCACAUUCUAUUGGAAGAUGUUGCAACCUCUGGGCUACGUGAGAAUCAACCAAGAUAUCCUAAAGACGCGGGAGAAGUGUCUCAAGGUAGCGGAAGAAUACUUGAGGGAGGGCAAGUCUGUGGCCGUCGACAACACCAAUGCUGAUUCCGACGUCCGAACGCCAGUGCCAGUCUGUGAGCACAACGAUGCUGUGCGAGCGUUUAACAAAAGCAUGAAUCCCGAGAAGCGUAGCAUCCUCUCCAGCGUGGCGUUCAGGAGUUUUACUUCCCGAUAUCAACCACCGAAACUCAGUGAGGGGUUUGAAGAUAUUAUCGAAAUUGCUUUCAAGGUGCGGCGAUUAUGA